AUGACGAGCAACUGGGCUGAGAGCUUCAACAACACAACUAAGGAUGCAAGAGGCUUCCCAAUCACUGCUGUUGUAGCAUUCCUGAGGUCUAAAGUCCAGACGUGGUUUGCUUCACGAAAAGAAAAAGCUGACAAGUGGACGAAACCCCUAGCACCAGAAAUGGAGGAGGACUUGACAUUGCAUUUUGAAAAAGGUCGGUAUUUGAACGUUGACUCAUGCGGGCCUUACACGUUGCAGGUUCACCCUGGAGGAACAGUUAUGACCGGUGGCGUAGUGGACUUGCAGGAACAUACUUGCACUUGCGGCUUGUUCCAGUGCAUGAAGUUUUCUUGUCCUCAUGCAUGUGCUGCAUCUUAG